AUAAAUAAAAGUAUUUAUUUAUUUAUUUUUCUUUAAAAAAAAAGAUUGUUGGUUGUUGAACUCCAAUGGUAGCAUGUAUCAACAUGGCAUUCUCCGUGGAUACAACCGUAAUUCUAUCAUCACCUUCGCACCCGUCUUUCUCCAAAUCAUUUCCAUUGUUCACCAACACUAGAAUUCUCGGCCUGGGUUUGGGCUUGGGCUUUGACUUUCAAAUAAAUGGAAGAAGAAGAAGAAGAACAAGUAUUCGGAGACAGCUGAAGUUAGUUAUCGCCGCACAACUUUCCAAUUCAUUUUCCUUCACCUUCGGACUCGACUCUCCGAACUUGAAUUCUUUCCAAUCUCAUGAUCCAUCAAAGUUGUCAUGGAGGGGACCAGUUCCAGGUGAUAUCGCCGAAGUCGAAGCAUAUUGUAGGAUCUUUAGGAACUCCGAAAGGCUUCAUUCUGCAUUAAUGGACGCAUUAUGUAACCCGUUGACCGGAGAAUGUAGUGUCUCAUAUGAGGUAUCAUCAGAUGAAAAACCUCAACUUGAAGAUAAAAUAGUUUCUGUCCUUGGAUGCAUGGUAUCCCUUGUGAACAAAGGCAGGGACGAUGUUCUUACCGGAAGGUCCACGAUCAUGAAUCCCUUUCAUGAUGCAGAGGUUAGCACAAUGGAGGAUACGCUCCCUCCACUCGCCAUUUUCAGGACCGAGAUGAAAAGGUGUUCCGAGAGUUUACAUGUUGCCCUUGAGAAUUAUUUAAUAUCUAAUGACGACCGAAGCUUAAAUGUAUGGAGGAAACUUCAGAGACUGAAGAAUGUCUGCUAUGAUUCUGGUUUUCCUCGUCAAGAAGGUUAUCCUUGUCCUACAUUGUUCUCUAAUUGGAGUCCUGUAUAUUUUUCGACUUCUAAAGAUGACACAGAAUCUGAAGACUUGGAAACAGCUUUUUGGACUGGUGGUCAGGUAACAGAAGAAGGAUUAAAGUGGUUACUGGAUAAAGGAUAUAAAACGAUUAUCGAUAUCAGAGCCGAGCCUAUAAGAGAUAAUUUCUAUCAAGUGGCUGUCAAUGAUGCUAUUUCAUCUGGAAAAAUUGAUUUAGUAAAAAUUCCAGUUGAAGUUAUGACUGCACCAACAAUGGAACAGGUGGUGAGAUUUGCAUCUUAUGUUUCAGAUAGCAGCAAAAGGCCUAUCUAUCUUCACAGCAAGGAAGGAGUUUGGAGAUCAUCUGCCAUGGUUUCCCGAUGGAGGCAGUACAUGACUCGCUCUACGUCACAUAUUGUUUCUAGUCCACCAAUUACUCCCUCUAACGUGUCCUCAAAUUCUACAAAUAGCUCUGGUAAACUGCAGGAUUCUUUGGUGACUGAAGCAAGAUCCUCCCUUGAAAAGGAUAUCAUUUCAUUACCAGACGGUUUCGAUGCAACACAUAGUUCUAUUGGCACACCUAACAGAAGUAUCUCUGAAAAGAAGUAUGAUGAAGACACACAAGAUAAUGCAGCCUUAAAUGGAAUUUCUCUUGACUAUAGGAUAUCAGAUGACGUCCUUGCUAAUACGGAAGGAUCUUUUCCAAGUUAUUCCAGCAAAAUUAACCCUUUAAAAUCUCAAGUUCCUCCUCGGGAUAUCUUCUCCAAAAAAGAGAUGUCCAAAUUUUUGGGUAGCAGGAAGAUCUCACCUCCCGACUAUGUCGAUUAUCAAAUUAAAAGGGUGAAGUUUUUACCGCAUUUUAAGAACAUGCCUGUUGGAAGACGUCAAGGAAAUGUGGUUGUUACCAAUGGCGCUAGUCCUGUGCCGAAAAUUGUGGGUCCCGAUAACUUAAAUGGAUCAGCCCAUGUUGAUUAUCCAUCUGGAGAGCCCCAUAACGCAGUUGGUGGAAAUCAGAAGUUAGUGAAUGGGAAUACUUCUAGUUCUGGUAGGGCCACUUUAAAUGGAUUUAGUCAAGGAGAAUUACAUUACAUGACUAAUGCAAAUGUCUCCAGCAUUGUGAAUAAUGAUAAUGUCACAACUAAAUCUCAAAUGGUUGAAGAUGGUACAGUUAAGGCUGGUUUAGCUUCACGUGUUGAAGAGGUGGGAUCUAUUGAAGGAAAUAUGUGUGCAUCGUCAACGGGAGUUGUAAGGGUUCAGUCAAGAAAGAAAGCAGAGAUGUUCUUGGUUCGGACGGAUGGAUUUUCUUGUACCAGAGAAAAGGUCACUGAAUCUUCUUUGGCUUUCAGUCAUCCUAGCACACAGCAACAGAUGCUUAUGUGGAAGUCUACACCAAAAAAUGUGCUGUUGUUAAAAAAGCUGGGGGAUGAAUUAAUGGAAGAAGCAAAAAUGGUUGCUACUUUUCUACAUCACCAAGAGAAAAUGAAUGUUAUUGUGGAGCCUGAUGUGCAUGAUGUAUUUGCUAGAAUUCCAGGUUUUGGAUUUGUGCAGACCUUCUAUAGCCAUGAUACCAGUGAUCUACAUGAGAAAGUAGAUUUUGUGGCAUGCUUGGGUGGAGAUGGUGUUAUACUGCAUGCAUCAAAUCUAUUCAGAGACGCUGUUCCCCCUAUUGUAUCAUUUAACCUUGGUUCCCUUGGUUUUCUGACUUCUCAUACUUUUGAAGACUACAAGCAAGACUUAAGACAAGUCAUCCACGGAAAUACUUCACGAGAUGGUGUCUACAUUACUCUUAGGAUGCGUCUCCGAUGUGAAAUUUUUCGUAAUGGUAAAGCAAUGCCAGGGAAAGUAUUUGAUAUCCUCAAUGAGGUGGUUGUUGAUCGGGGUUCAAAUCCGUACCUUUCAAAGAUCGAAUGCUAUGAACAUGAUCGACUUAUAACCAAAGUACAAGGUGAUGGAGUCAUCGUUGCAACCCCUACGGGAAGUACUGCCUAUUCUACAGCUGCCGGAGGUUCCAUGGUCCAUCCAAACGUCCCCUGCAUAUUGUUUACUCCAAUCUGUCCACAUUCACUGUCAUUUAGACCAGUCAUACUUCCAGAUUCUGCUCGAUUAGAAUUAAAGAUUCCAGAAGAUGCUAGAAGUAACGCAUGGGUUUCAUUUGACGGAAAGAGAAGACAACAACUCUCAAGAGGAGACUCGGUCCGAAUACAUAUGAGUCAGCAUCCCCUUCCAACUGUUAACAAGUUUGACCAAACAGGUGAUUGGUUCCGUAGCUUGAUCCGCUGCCUAAAUUGGAACGAGAGACUCGAUCAAAAGGCUCUAUAAUGCACACAAAAAUGAAGAACAGAUGUGCAUUAUCCAACCAUGAAGAUUAAACUUGUAUAAUUACUGUACAGAUUACUUAACUAAGAGAUGAUACUACCAUUAUAUUGCAUUGGCUUCCAUUGUAAAGAUAGGGUUUGCCAAUGAUUUUUCAACAUUUUAUAAUGGCACUAUUCAGUUGUAUAUACACACUUGUUAAGAAAGCAAUAAAUUGUUGAUAUUAGAAGCAGCUUA